AUGCAGCCAAGCUUUCUAGACACCACUCCUUACGACGAAAUUUCAAUAAGCCCGAAAUCUCCAGGUUCCUCCGAGCAUUAUGAGCCCCCUUCACACGAAGCCGACUUCCGAUCCUCAGAUAGCCAAUACACCCUCAACUGGAAUACAAACAACUCCAAUGGAAGAAAACAGCUGAAGGUUCAAGAAGAUAUGAUCAACAAACUAUUAUCUUCGGCCAUUUUCAAAUCAAAGAAGAUACGCCCAGAGUCCUUACGGGUUGCCUACAACCAUGUCCUCAACAAAAUCGAUCCGGGUGAGGCUAAAGAAGUUCUCAGUGGUUGGUACUCUUCUAUGCAAGGAACAAGCCAGAAAAAGCAACCUGAAUGGCAAUGUCCAGCAGACAGCAAUGAAGCUCUUCGCUAUAUUCUGUGUGGACAUCAUGGCGGGCUGUUUACGAUUGAUGCAUUGAAUCAAUCAUUGCAAACUUCCAACGCUAGUCGGGUGACGCGACAGAAAAUAAAAUUCAUUAUGGUCAUGCGAGAGCUUGAGCGGAAACUGAGGCCGGACGAAUUCCCCGACCCCAACCGGUGUACUGUGCCUGAGCAAGCUAUUUCAUCAAUGGAAGGAUAUCCUCAGCCCACCUUGGGCGAGGUGCCAGCUAUAUCUGGUGUAGAUUCACCACUGGCGUAUGGCCAGUGGGCCUCACCCAGCGCAUCCGCAGUGCAGCAGAGGACUAGCGAUGAAGGUUGUUGGGAGGAAAAUCCUAACGACGGCCCCCCGAGAUCUGAAUACCCCCCAUAUCAGACCGCAGGUCCUAUGGAUAUUGACAGUUCACGUUCCCAGACUAGCUCUGCCAGCUAUGUUGUCCCUGAUACGCAAGUACCCAAGCACCAGAAGAAACGUCAUGUUUGUCAAACUUGCGAAAAGGCUUUUAGAUCACCUUACGCGCUUCGCAUGCACCAGCUCACCCAUACAGAUUUAAAGCCUUUUCACUGCUCCUAUGAAGGAUGUGACCAGUCUUUCAACCACAAAAGUAAUAUGAGACGCCAUAAGCUUCUUCACCUUACCCCUGAGAUGCAAGUAUCCGAACACCAGAAGAAACGUCAUGUUUGUCAAACUUGCGAUAAGGCUUUCCGAGACCUGUCCGCGCUUCACAUUCACCACCGCACCCAUACAGGUGUGAAGCCUUUCCGCUGCUCCUAUGAAGGAUGUGGCAAGUCUUUCACCAUCAAAGGCAAUAUGACAAAGCAUGAGCGUAUGCUCCACUAUUCUCUUAGUCGGAAAUCGAAACCAGUAAGCUCUACUUGA